GCUCGUGAGUGAUUGAAUUCUUCGAAAAGCCAAUAACAACGCUUUUCAGACCUGUUAUUAGUGUUUCCGAGCUUCUGGACCAAUCGAUAUCGAUGAGGUUUCGAGCCAAGUUGUUGGAUAUCCAGUGCAUCUUGCAGUUUUCGCGCGUCGCAGCGACCGUAGCAAAGCUCAGUAAAGCAUGCGUCUUGCGCCUCACUCCUCUCAAGGUCUGUUUCGCGUGCAUAGACAGAGCCGCGUCCGGAGGGAUGCGCGUGUGGUGCGAACUGGAGCAGGGAAACUUCUUCGACGACUACAGGAUCGAGGGAAAAGACGAGACAAACGAGAUCUACAUAGAAAUGGCUGCAGAUCAGCUAUUUCAAGCUCUGAAAUCGGCACAGACCGCUCAAGUGGUCAAGAUCAAGUUGACUAAGAAACACGUUCCGUGUUUGACCACUGAAAUCGUUGUUCCGUCUCUGGCCAGUCGUUCUCGGAGUAUCACACAUGACAUACCUGUUGGAAUUGUUCCUCAGCGUUUGUGGUCCGAGUACCAGGAGCCGACCAUGCUUCCUCAUGACGUCAGUAUAUGCUUGCCGCAUCUUCGUCUGCUGAAGAGUGUGGUUGAGAGACUGAAAAAUAUGGAUAGCUGUUUGAUUCUGGCUGCCAAUGGUAAAGGGAGUCUCACUCUUCAGGUGGAAACCGAUGUUGUUUCGGUCACAACUCAUUUCAAGGAUCUUGAGAAUCCAGUCGUGGAGGGCUCGGAGGGGAAUGGCCAGACUGUUGGUAGACAAGAUGCUGAGCAGAGUGUGGAAGUGAGACUUGACAUUAAGCGGUUUCUCCAGUUUAUUGCUGCCCAACAGGGAACUCCAGAGAAAGUGAUAUGUAAUUUUGCUGGUCGGCGGGGCGUUCAGCUGUUUGUUCUUCUAGACAAUGUUCACAUUCAAUAUUUUUUACCUGGAGUGAUGAGGUGAGUUAAAACUACAGUAGUGGGCAGAAUGCACAUGGAAGUAGUCUAUAGCGCUACGUGCACAUGGUAAAAUGAUGGUCUAAAGACAUAAAAAUUGUAGUAAAAGGAUGCUGUUAUUGAAGACUGACUCUAUUACUCAUACUCGUACAGAAUUUAUGUUGGUGUACAAGCAUGUAUAUGCAAGUUUUAUCUGUACAUAUCUUGUUAGUAGUCACUUAUUGCAAAUUAUACCACGUUUAUUUGGUUGUCA